AAAAAAAAAAAAAAAAAAAGGAGCGCAGCAAGGACAGCUCACCUGGGCGAGCACACGCACACUAUCACAGCCAUGCGCAAGAAAUAUAAGACCAAGUUCCCGGUGGCGCGUAUCAAGAAGAUCAUGCAAAUGGACGAGGAUGUUGGCAAGGUCGCCCAGGCUACCCCUAUCCUCAUAUCCAAAGCAUUGGAACUCUUUAUGCAGUCCUUGAUUGACGAAGCGUGCAUGGAAACACGCUCCAAGAACGCAAAACGACUCACAGCCGCGCAUCUCAAAAAGACUAUUCUAGACAAAGACCAAUUCGAUUUCCUACGGGAUAUUGUUCAGAACGUUGCAGAUCCUCAAGGCUGUGGAUCAGGAGCAGGGGCAGGAGCGUCAGGAACAGGACCAGGAAAGGCAGAAGCAGACGAAGCAAGCAGCAGCGGAAGCAGUAGCCACCACAGCAGCCACCAUGGCGGCAAUGCCAUGAAGGUGGAUGAAGACGAUAAAGCCUAUGCAGAUUUUGCAGGAGCCAUGGCAGCAGCAAGGAGGGGGACAUCAUCAAAGAAGGCAGUUGCAAAAAACGCCGUGAAAGAAGAAGAGGACGAUGACUAUGACAACGAGUAAUACGGUAGAUAGCAGGGUAUAAUAAAAAAAAAUUAUUUGAACGAAGAAAA